AUGCCGAAGCCGCCAAAGCCUGUUCGAUCCGUGACCGAAACAGAGAAGAACAGCACAAACACUUGGACUAAGCUUGACGAAAUUUUGAAAUCAAGGGCUUUGAAGAUUUGCAGCAAGGUGAAACAGCCAAUUCAUUUCCUUAACUCUCUUUUCACCGCCAAGAAAUCCAAGAGCUCGUCCUCCGCCCAUGCCGUUCAAUCACUUUCAACUUGUUCUUCGGCCACUUCGUAUCCCAGAUCAUGUUUAAGCAAAAACUCUUCACCUUCUGGUAGGAGUGGAAAACUUAGUACUGAUGGGGUUAAAAAAAGGGUUCGUUUCAACCCUGUGACUGUUAUUGUGGAUGAGAAUGGUCGCUCAUGCGGUCACAAAUGCUUGCACGAACCAGAAGAACAAGAAGUCGGCUCGACUCUAAUGUCUGUGAUUGCUCCUACUGCAUGGAAAAUCAAACGGUCGCCGAAGAGGAAGAUGAAAGAAGAUGAUAUAGUCCAAGUGUCCGAGAAAAAGCGGCGAGUGGAAGAACAGCCAGAGAGGAAUUUGUGA